CGUUAAAGUUAACGUGAGUGAUACAGCACAGGGCUGAUUGAUUAGCUACUAUCUCAUCAUCUUCCAAGAUUUCUAUACCCAAAUUUUCCAUCAUCUCUUGCCCAUUGCUUGAAUUAUAACAUUAUACACUAUAUCUCAAAUCUGUACCAAUGUCAACCGUUAUUAUCUGAAUAUGUAUUUUCUUUAAGCCGCGGAAGUAUGGCAUAGCAUCACUGCUUAGGCGGCACUAAUAUCUGAUACUAGUAUUCGCCCGUACCCACUAACGGCGAAAUUCGGUCCGCAAGUCCAGAUCUGCAGAUUUAUUUUGUAUGAAAUUCACAUCGAGUCGUAUCUGGCUCGUGGUUAACCAUUAACGCACCGAUAUUUCUUCGAACUUGGCUCGCCACGUAUCAGAUAUGAGAGAUAUUUCGCUCGUGUAUGGGGCGCUAUUGGCUACAAUGGAGCAGUUCACACGAACGUCGACGUCGCCCACCGUUGUUUCACCGUUGGACGGUAACGCCGCGUUGAAAUCCCCACCGCCGGCGACUGCUAGAACGCUGGCGGUGUUUCGCCGUCGGACGUCGAAGCAAAACAUUAUCUUAUAUGUGCCGGAUCAUACGGGCGCAACGGCGACGUUAAAAAUGCCGAAGGUUGACUACGAUAUCGGAUUGUUAAUUGAAGAGUUUCACGUUUUCAGCUUCACGUGUAAUUCAUCAAACGAUUUGGGUUAGUUUGGGUGUUAUUAAAAAACUUUUCUUUGUUGUUCCUGAGAUCCCCAAAAUCGCUAGCAAAUGCUCCUUUUAAUGCACGAGCACUCACAUAAGGAUAAACCCAAUAAUUUAUGGUCUUUUACAAAUGUAAAGUUUGUAUACGUAAUACGCAAACAAAACCCGUUGUUCAUAAUCGACCUCCAUGCCUGUACUAAAAUUGCGUUGUGUCGAAAUAAAUCUAUCGUAAAAAUAUGCGUCACCACAGCGUCAAAAUGCGCUCGUGUAAACUGCUCCAAAAAAAAUUGUCGGCGGCACCACCACGUCGGCGUCGCGUCACCGCACCGUUAAAAAACGCAGCACUUAAUGGUUCGAUAACUAUCGGUGCGCUAAAGUUGUAGGUUCUAUAACUUGCCGUGGGUUUCUCAACACGUCUAAACGUACAAAGCGAUAAAGUAGGGAAAGCCAUAUAACGAAGGAGAAUAAUCUGUAAAGACUGGUUAGAGCUGUAAAUCUGUAAAGACUGGCUGAAUGUGUCUCUGAAGUAGCUUUCCUAGGUAAUAAACAGCGUUUUUGGUUAACCGAAAGCGAUCUCGAAAUAAAUCUUUGCUAUAUUUCUCAAAAUGAUCGUUUCUUGUUCGAACGGCGAAUUAUUUCACUAUUAGAACAUCGAAGAGGUAAAGGUCCGAGAUUACACAUUUAUGGGUUCUUCAAUGUAACGAACCGCUAGCUCUUAUUCAACGUUUCAGAAACCCAUUUUUCCGAUUUAUAGAACCGUUUAGGCUAGUUGAACUAUAAAGAUCGUUUCAGAAACCGGGCAUUAGAGUUUUCGUGAUCAUUCACGGUUUGCCAUGAUGCUAAUAUGCAAGUAAUGUGCCGAUGAUUCAGCCAAUCGGCAAGGAUGUGAUCCAAAGUCUUAUAUGGAAAAAGGUAGCUGGAAAAGAAUCUUGGAGCAAAUGGCUGGGAUGCACAUUUAUGUCUCUGAGAUUUACGAGAAGAAGGACCUGAUCUAAUCUGAUCUAAUGAGAUAGUCUCCCCAGUAAAACCUGUAGAAAUCAGAACAUUGACGAAGACGAACCUAUUCAGAAAACGCACUGUAAUGAAGCAGUUAUUAAUUCAUAUCUACUUUGAGCGGAAGGAUUUGUUUACAGAACUGUAACAAUUUUGUCCAAACCAACAAUUGGGAGGAUUUAAUGGUCCGCCUCCAAAUUUUGGCGACAACGGUCCCAAUUGGGGUCCACCCGGCAUGAACCGGGGCCCACCCCCAAAUCUUAUGGGUGGACCGCCUCCUUUUGGGGCACCUCCAAUGAUGAGUGGAUUACCGGGAGUUCCUGGUGCUGCAGGAUACCCCGAUGGCUCUUCCAGAUCAAACGAACAGAGUCCAUCUUUGGAUGCAACAAAUGAAAUUUGGGUAGAAACUAAAACUGGCGAAGGGAAAUCUUAUUAUUAUAAUGCCAGAUCGAGGGAAACGACUUGGACCAAACCCGAAGGUCCCAAUAUUAAAGUCAUUACCCAGGAUCAAGUUGAGGCAAUGGCGCAAGCAGCUAGCACUAAUACGCAACCUCAAAAUACGUCAACUGCUGCACAGGCAGCUCUUGCACAAGCCAGCAUAACUAAUAAACCUGAAAGCAAAGAGAGCGAAGAGCAGAAAAAAGAACUUAACAACCAAGUUAAUAUGGGACCACCUCCGUCGAUGAUGGGUCAUGGAGGAAUGCCUUAUGGCCCACCUCCAGGAGGGUUUCCUCCAUUUGGAAUGCCUCCGUUUGGCUUACCACCCCCGGGCCAAGGUCCACCAAGCUGGAUGCCCCCAGGAGCCACUCCAUGGGGAAUGCCUCCAGGGCUUAUGCCUCCCGUUGCAGUAAGUAUUCCAAGUGCCUUGCCCGCAAUUAAUGAGGCGGAAAUUUUGUCAAAAAUUGAUCCUGCUAUAAUUGCAAAAGCUAGAGAAUGGACGGAACAUAAAGCACCUGACGGACGAUAUUAUUAUCAUCAUGCUAAGAAAGGCGAAUCCGUAUGGGAAAAGCCCCAGGCCUUGAAAGAUUUAGAAAAUGCCAAACUGGCCGCGGCACAAGGAAUUUCCACCCGUCCAAAAGAUGACGGUUAUUUACAAAUGACACUAGAUUCAGGUAAGACAUCUAGUUCGCAGGAAAAUGGUGAGUCUAUGAAGGUUAACAGCCCAAAGGAUAAGGAAGCUGAAGCGAAAGAAAAACUGGAUAAACUUCAAGAGGAGAUUAGGAAGAAGAAGGAGGAAGAAGAGAAGGAAAAAGAAAAGAAAGCCCAGGACAAAUCGCGCCCUGUAUCUAGCACACCUGUUCCAGGAACACCAUGGUGUGUGGUGUGGACUGGAGAUGGUCGUGUAUUUUUCUACAACCCUUCUUCUCGCACCUCUGUAUGGGAAAGACCAGAGGAAUUGCUCAAGCGAACGGAUGUUGAUAAGAUGGUAUCUACGCCCCCAGAUGCUUUGGCGUCAUCUGCCAGCAAAGGAGAGGCUCUAGAAGCUAAGACUCCCGUUAAAGCAAAAAGAUCGUCUGAUGAUAGCGACAGCGACAAUGAGAUUCCUGCAAAAAAAACGAAAAUUGACAUUGAUCUUACAAGUAAGACGAAUCUUUUAUCCUAUUUCCACCUGAUUGCUUAAUUGUAAGAUUUUUUAGCUUCUAAUGGUACUCCCCCCACCAAGAAAAUCGACAUUGGCAAAGAGGCUGCUAUUGAAGCUGAAGUGAGAGCUGCUAAAGAAAGAGCCGUUAUUCCUCUCGACACCAGGAUAACUCUGUUCAAGGAAAUGUUAGCAGAGAAGCAGGUGUCUGCUUUCAGUACUUGGGAAAAAGAAUUGCAUAAAAUUGUGUUCGAUUCUAGGUAUCUGCUUUUAACUUCGAAAGAGCGGAAACAAGUUUUUGAAAGAUAUGUCAAAGAAAGGGCCGAAGAAGAAAGGAGAGAGAAGCGGAACAAAUUGCGGGAGAAGAAAGAGUCGUUUAAGAAGCUAUUGAGUGAAUCGCAUUUGCAUGGAAAAUCUUCCUUUAGCGAUUUUGCACAAAAAUACGCAAAAGAUGAGCGAUUUAAGGGCGUUGAUAAGAUGCGUGAACGCGAAAGCCUUUUCAACGAACAUCUCAUUGAAGUGCGCCGGAAGGAGAAAGAAGAGAAGUUUCAAAAAAGAGAAGCGGUAAGUUCUUUAUCAUUAUUUUCUGGCUGAGUUAUGAUUAACUCUGCCAGGUCAUUGCAAACAGUCCUGAGAUACUUUUAAGUUUCUAUUUUAUCUUGCAAAUAUAUUCUCACGAAACAUACUUACUUAAAAGGCACGUUUUAGAUCAUUUGGUAGGAAAAGAAAGAGCAUCAUGGUGUAUUUUAUUAAUUGGGGCAAGUUCUGCAUUCAUUUUUAAGAUUUCUUCGUUUUUCAUAUAAAUGAUGCCAGAUCUGAUCUGAAUAUUUUAUAAACCAAUUAAUUGAUCACACGACGAUAAUAUUUUAGCUUCUAAGCCGAUCUUUCCAAUUAAUGCCAUGUUUUUCAUUCAUGUCAUUAUUGCGAUCAACUGAAAAUAAUUGAAGGAGCAAAACCGCCUAAGUCACAAAAGGUUUAUUCAGAGAAAUUACUCUUGAAAGUUUUCUUACAAUGGAAAACUUUGAGCUUAUGAAUUAAAUUAGUUUGUGUUAUAGAACGAUUCAUACUAAGUACAAAAACUUAACUACUAUUCCAGAAAUAAAAAAAAAUACAUUUUUAAACAAGAU